CUUAUUACCACAGUUGAUUUUCUAUUUUUGACACGAACCGCGACAGGCAUAAAAAAGUCAAAUAAAAAAGUGUUUCUGAAGAAGCAAAUUAAAUUUUCUUAUUGAAAACAUAUAAAUAAAAAUUAGUAGAAUGCCUCUGCCAUUGAUCGUUCCGAAUGCAGUUGAACCGAUGCAGGUCGACGCGCAACCGGAAGACAACGAAAAUAACGAGGAAGAUGUGUACAUCGUGGAAAAUGCCUCCCUGGAUCUGGAGGUUUACGCCAACCAGUACACCGGUUUGGCUAAGCUCCAUCGGCUAAUUUACAUCGCCGACCACUGUCCCGGGCUUCGAUUAGAGGCACUUAAGAUGGCCAUCAACUACGUAACCACAACUUACAAUGUGACAUUGUACCAGCAUUUGCACAAAAAGUUGGCCGAUUUGUCUGGCGGAAGCACCUUGCCGGAUGUAGCUGCCCAAUCCAGCUCCCAGGAUAUCCCAAGCUUCGAUACGGCAUGGGUUGAGACCAAGAGUAAAAAAUCAGCACUCAAGUUAGAAAAGCUUGAUUGUGAUCUGAAAAACUACAAGGCUAACUCAAUCAAGGAGAGCAUCCGCCGGGGACAUGACGAUCUCGGUGAUCACUAUUUGAACUGUGGAGAUCUUUCGAAUGCCUUAAAAUGCUAUUCGCGAGCUCGAGACUACUGCACCAGUGGCAAGCAUGUGGUCAAUAUGUGUCUGAACGUAAUCAAGGUGUCUAUCUAUUUGCAAAACUGGUCGCACGUAUUAAGCUACGUUGCAAAGGCAGAAGGAACGACCGAAAUAGCCGAAACAUCAAAAGAUAAAGAUCCGAAUCAAGCUGUUAUCACACGUUUGAAAUGUGCCGCAGGGUUGGCAGAAUUGGCUACAAGGAAGUACAAAUCGGCAGCCAAACAUUUUUUGCAAGCAAAUUUUGAUCUAUGUGAUUUCCCGGAAAUGAUUUCCACCAAUAAUGUAGCCAUGUACGGUGGCUUAUGCGCUUUGGCAACCUUCGAUCGACAAGAACUUAAGAAUGUUAUUUCAAGCAGUUCUUUCAAACUUUUCCUGGAACUAGAACCACAGCUGCGGGAUAUAAUUUUUAAGUUCUAUGAAUCAAAGUACGCUUCUUGUUUGAAGUUGCUCGAUGAAAUAAAAGACAAUCUAUUGUUGGAUAUGUACAUUGCACCGCAUGUCAAUGCGCUUUACACUCAGAUUCGUAAUCGUGCACUGGUUCAAUACUUCAGUCCAUAUCUUUCAGCCGAUAUGCGCAAAAUGGCCACCGCUUUCAAUAGAUCCGUUAGCGCAUUGGAGAACGAAUUGAUGCAGCUCAUCCUGGAGGGGCAAAUUCAGGCACGCAUUGAUUCUCAUAACAAAAUUUUGUACGCCAAGGAUGCCGAUCACAGGAGCGCAACGUUCGAAAAAGCUAUCAAUGUAGGCAAGGAAUUUCAACGCCGUUCAAGAAUGCUUAUUUUGAGAGCAGCAAUGGUUAGACAUCAUAUCCAUGUUAAGAACCAACCUCGUGAAAACAAUCAUACUUCGGAAAUUCUGGCCGCCACUGGUUCAUCGUCGGCGUCUUUGGUGCGAAAUUGAUUAAAUGUUAACGAGGAUGAAUUUUUCGCCAGGUUCAAGAGAAAAUCUAAAUAAAAGCGGAAGCCUGUCACAGAUUUGAGCAAACUGAAACAAACCACUAGAAUUCGAUGCAGAUGUCGUUUUGAGGUGAAAUAAUUUAUGAAAAGGCAGUUGGGAUAAUACAGCAAAAUGCACUCAUUUUUCAUUUAUUGAUAUGUUUUUAUGAAUACUUUAAAUUUCCAAUAAACAUGCUUCGUGAUAAAA